GCGGGACGCGGGCCCGGCGGGCGGAGCGGGGCCCUCCCGGCUGUGCCCUGCUGCCCUCGGGCUCGGGAAGCAGCGGGCCGACGGCGUCUGGGGCUCUUCUCCCCCACAGGGUUGGGGACCGGGGGGCCCUGUGCCACCUGUUGGGACGUCAGCUGAAGGAGCCCCGCGAUGGCCCAGAGGCUGGCGCUCCAGCGGCUGCUCUCCCUCCCCACGCGGGGGCCCCUGGCAUCCCACGGCAGAGCCUUGGGCACCUCAGCUGGCCGCAGGAGCACUUUCAACGUGCAGGAUGGCAGCGACUUCCAGGACCGUGUGGUGAACAGCCCUAAGCCUGUUGUGGUGGACUUCCAUGCGCAGUGGUGUGGUCCCUGCAAGAUCCUAGGCCCCAGGUUAGAGAAGCUAGUGGCCAAGCUGGAGGGGAAGGUGCUGAUGGCCAAGGUGGACAUUGACGAUCACACAGACCUUGCUAUCGAGUAUGAGGUGUCAGCAGUGCCAACUGUGCUGGCUAUGAAGAAUGGAGACGUUGUGGAUAAAUUUGUGGGCAUAAAGGACGAGGAUCAGCUGGAGGCAUUCCUCAAGAAACUCAUUGGAGCCUGAAGUAAAAGGGUGGCUGUACCUCUGCCUCUGGAAACAUCCAUUUUGUGCAUUCCUUGCCUGGGAGAGCUGAGGGCAGGUCAAUUGCUUGCCCUGUACAACACAGGGGUUUCUUCUGUUUCGGUGUUUUUAGGAGAUGGAAAAUGUUGUAAUCCUUCCCUCCUUCUCCCCCUUCUCAUGAGCAGCAGUAGCUGUAAAGGGUGCUGAGGAGCAGGGCUGCUUAUUCUCAAAACAGGGAAUGUGGCUGGAAUUAGGAGCCUGUGUUUAUCAGCCAAGAGCUGACGUGCAGAGCUGCUGCUGCUGAGUUAAGAGGAGGAAUGUUUUUGUCUUUGCUUCACAUCUGAUAGCCCAGAGCAGAGGGCAGCUGCUCCCUUCAAGAUGAUGGUACAUACCUGCCCUGGGUGGGUUCGUUUAAAGCUGAGAAUGCCUCUACCUUGUCCGUGAAACCUGUCUCUUUCUUCCUCUGUCCUUAUGUUGCUGAGACAGGUACAACUCCUCCACAAAUCUAUGGGCUCCCAUCAUAAUUUUAUAAGAGAAAAUAGGGAGAAGUAUUUUAUGGAUCUCCUUUUGUAUGUCUGCAGUAGAGAACUUUUAUCAGUCACUGCUGUCUAGCCGGGAGAAUAAAUCGAUUCUCACAAAUCUGUCUGUCCAGAGAGAUGAGUUGGGAGUAUCAGCAGCACAGUUUCUAAUGAUGGGUUGGGAAAGUGUAGGUUAUGACUUGAUCCCUACUGAAAGGUCAUGUGUUGAAAAACAAAAUAGGGGAUUCCUUCCAUGGGGCUUUCAGUGCUGCCUGGAGGAUCUCCUUUGUGUGCUGCUGGAUCCAGGGGGCCAGAGGGAGGACUCACCUCUCACACACAGAUGAGCAGCUGCCCACUGCACAAAAGGAACCUGAGCUGUGCUCGCUCCCCCUGUGCUUUUCUCACCCCUCCCCUGUCUGUGGAGCCUGAGAGCCUCCCUCUCCCUGUUGUGAAUAAUUAAAUGUGUUCACACAGGUGAGCUCUGCCAGAAGGCAGCUUUUUGAUUUCAACUGCCCUGACCUUUGGACUAAGGGUGCCAGCUGUGGGCCUUCUAUCUGAGCAGCCUUCACCCCUUCCAACCUCUUCCUUCUCACAUACACCUGUUUCCUGUCAACCUGGCUUCUGAGUCCUCCCAGCCUCCUCCUGUGCUUGUAGGCAGAGUACAACACUAGCAGUGGUUACUACUGUACUGUUUAAUUCCAGCUUGCUUAUCUAAGCUGCAUGAGAACAUUUUAAGUGCUUAAUAACCAUGUACAACCUGCUUUUUUUUUUUUUUUUGCUUUUUUUUUUUACCACAUCUUCUGUUUCCUUCAGUCACUUUAAAUCUGCUUUGGCUUUGUUCCAUUUCACCUCCCUGGCAUAUGAGCAGCCAGGUAAUUUUUUUUUCUGCACCUCUGCAGUAAUGAUUUAUGACCUUUGAAGGAGCCAGGGGAGUGGUGAUCCAAUUCCUGCUGCAACUGCAGUGCUGCUGGCUGGCAUCAGUGCUCCCACCUGCUCCUGUCACGCUGGAGCCUGGGCCAUGGCACAAGGUGGUACUGGUCCCCUGAGGUGGGUGCCUCCCAUUUGGGCUGGGCUGAUCUCACCGCUGGCACGCUGCUAGAGGUGAUGUCACUUGGAUGUAAUCUGGUGAAGAACUGUUGGUCAGUUAUGAUCAAUAAAAACUGGUAUUUCAUUUUAUUCUGGAGAUUA